AUCAAUGACCAGUAGGUGGCAGCAACGUGAAGCGUGGAAGACUCUUGCAAAACACAGCAGAAGAAGACCCGGAAGCCCUAGCAGCAGGGUGUUUGAUGCUGUGCUAUGGGUCUACCUUAACCUUGCUGAUCUUCUCUGACGAUAGGCUCCCCUUAGCCACCUUUUGACAUGCAAGGCUUUUACUCCAAGCUCAACUCUUCCCCCUCCUCGUCUCCCCUGCUGGGGGUGGGCCUCAGGGCGGACAGCGCUCGGGUGCCUCUCAGCUUGGCCGUGGAGGCGGAGAAAGCCCAGGCGCUCCUGCAGACGUUCAGCUCCGCCUCUCUGUUGGCUUCAGCCGGACUCGGGGUGUUCUGCGUGGUGGCGGAUCAUGCGCUCCAGCUGUCCGCUAUCCAGCAGCACCUGUGGCUGCGUGCUGCCUUGGACAACGCCACGCACGGAUUGGUGGGGCUGUGGUCGUGGGCUGUUGUGAUCGGACUGAGGAAAAAGAGUGAUUUAUAUGAAGUGCUGCUGGCAGGCCUUCUGGCAUCCAUUAUAGACUUGGACCAUUUCUACAUGGCUGGAUCUCUGUCUCUCAAGGCUGCCGUGUCGCUGCCCCAGCGGCCUCCUCUCCACUGCUCCUCCCUUAUCCCAGUCAUCUGCCUCACCCUCCGCUUCCUGAUGUGGCUUGGCCGCCUCAAAGACUCUUGGUGCUCGUUGCCAUGGAUGCUCUUCAUUUCCAUGACGUCUCACCACGUGCGGGACGCCGUGCGCCAUGGCCUGUGGGUGUGUCCGUUCGGCAACACGGCGCCCGUCCCCUACUGGCUGUACGUCAGCACCACGGCGACACUUCCGCACCUGUGCUCCGUGCUCAUGUACCUAACGGGAACCAGGGACGUGAUCUCGACCAAACACGGCGUUGCGAUCGACGUGUAGAUGCGUCAGCUAUCCCUGGAUCAAAACAUUGACAGUUUGAAAUAUUCAAAUACUUGAAGUGACUGAAGAAAAAUUUCUAACACUUGAAAGAUUAAGAUGAUUUUUUUUUUUGUUUUUUAUUUAUUUGAGAACAGUUUUACAAAAGCAAACAGCCUGUACAUAGACACACGAGCGUUGGGGUAGCCUGAUGAUUCAGUCUGCUCCUUUAAUAAUAAUAAAAAAGAACAGAACUGGAUGCAGAAGUUUAAAUUUGUUUUAGAUUAUUCUAAAACACAUACAGUGUAUGUGUAUAUACAUAUAGUACACAUACAGUCUCUACAUAUGUUCAUGUUCACCUUCUCUUGGUAUCAACCAGGUUCUGGCUGGAUUUUGACUUCUUUUCAAGAGAGGUAGAUAAUUGAAAGAUUUUUGCUUGACAUCAUCAACAUAUACCUUUUAAAUAUUUUUAAUAUUGUUUAGAUCAGGGCCAAAACCAGUUUGGAUUUCUGCUGGAUAUCAUCGUCCUCAUAAACACCCCACAUUUGUCCAAGUUUUUUGGCUGGAGUUUGUUAACAUAGACAUUGCCUUCCUGCGCAAUCCUGCCUGAUUCUAAUCUCACUUCAGUGCUCUGCCUGGGUUUUCUCCCAUUCACCCGCAUUUCUCUGGUAGAAUUCAACUGUGCCAAUCAGCAAACAGAAGGAAAAGCUGUGAACGAUGAGGUCAAUUUACAAAUUACAAUAUGUCUGCAGUUUUAGAACUGGCAGCAGAGGCAGUGAACAACGCUUCCUCAGCUCGGCAUUAUGUCAUGGCCAAAGGUUAGCGAUUGGGUAAAAUUUAAAAUCUCAACAGAGUCCAGAAAGCAAUUGUUUUUCAGCAACCGAGGGUCCAAACCAGGGCUGGUCUUUAUCAGGCAAGGAAUUUGAAGGAGGCUUGUCCUCUAUGAUGAUGUAAAACUUGCUUCAUUGUGGACAGUGGCACUGGUCCACCAAUUUUCAGUUGGUAAAAGGUCCCAAACAUUGAACGUUGUUCUUAAGCAUUCUAAUAUUUUAUCUCAAGAUGACAAUUUGGGUCAGAUGGUUGAAACUUUGACUCGGUUGGUUUUUCCAACAAGUCAGGUGUCCCAAAACACACAUCAAAACUACUUUUGGAAAACCAACAUUUGGCUUCUGAAAUGGCGCAGACCAUAAUCCUGUUAAAAGGCAACCAGUUUAAAAAGGUACAAAUUCCAGCAAAAACGUUCUAGAUUUUGAUAUUAACAGACAUGUAACAAAUAUUUUGGGGAGAGUAUGUAUACAUUUGAGCUUGUAAGUAGUCCUGUGGAUUCAAGGAAAUACAAAAUCCUUUAAGUUACUACUGUUGUGUUGUACAAUACAACAUUUUGAAUAUUUAUGCUUAUGAAUUGAAGUACAUCUCCGACCAGAACUGUGUUGUUUUUUGAGUAAAGGAACAUUCCAAAAUGGGUGCCAAUCUUGGAUCAUUAUGAAAUGACUCUUUGUGGAUACUUGUAUCAUGUAUUUAAAUCUUUAUCUGCAAAGUAAGUUUCUCUGAAGUGACUCUGUCCAGUGACUGUUUUAUACCAGCUUCGACAUGUGUUAAAAAUUUCCAGAAUAUAUUUUCACAACACAUGGGCUUUGAGAUUCUCACAAUAUGGCAGAGAAAAAGUGUAAAAUAAGUUUUUGUUUUCAAUGGAAGUUGGAAAAUAUUAUUUUUUUUUUCAGUCUGGUGACUAGAAGCUGUUCUUUGUCACUCUUUGCUGACCUCUACAGGAGAGACUUGUCACUGCAGCACAUUCCCUUUCAUCUGAUCAGGCCGUUUAGCCGUAUGGAUGGUAUGAUCAGUAAUUUUUGUGGUUGUAUAGGUGGGACUUUGUAAAAACCUUAGUUUGUGUUGAAACUGGUAACCAACCCAUGUCUGAUCUGCACCAAUCAGUGAAAAAUUUUACAAUUCAGCCUCAACAACUCAAGGAAAAGCCAACCAAAGGUCGACCACAGGCUGUUUGAAACUCGCACGCCAUUUUUUCGAUGGAGAUAGUUUAAGCACAUGUACACAUUUUGACGAUUUUCUGUCUGACUUCAACCAAUGACAUCCAUUUCUAAUCACCACAACACGAAAUUGCCUAUAUUAAUAUGUAACUGUUAUAGCUGUCCCUUCACCUGACACUUCAUUGUGAUGCUUGGAGAAGCCAUUCUGUCUAACCAGCAGUAACUUGCUACUGUCUGAGCCUUUUGUCGUUUUGGCUUUCAGUGCCGCCUUCUUCAGAUACGGACUGUUUCACUCUUCUGAUUGUUUGCUUGUAACGUUUAAGCAUUUGGUGAUUUUUGCCAAUCGCAAAUCUGAAAUAUGCUGGAUUUUUAUUUUGUUUUUUGAGUAGGGUGUUCAUAACAUUGGCACAUGUUUUAUUGGUAUGAAGAAACAUUCACAUUAGUAUCGACAAAAACAGUUAAAAAUGAAAAAAAAAAAAAACAUUUACAGGUAGUCUAGUGAAAUAGGUGUACAGUGAAAACACACAUUCCUAAGCAGUAUUAUUAACACUAGAAUUUUGCAUAACAUAGUGAUGGGCUUGAUGGGUGUAUUGUUUGAUUGUAAGGUAUCAUGGGUACGAUGUAUUUCUCUCCUGCUGUGUGUAUUGUAAAUGUAAACUUUUUAAGCAAGGUGAGAGUUUUAUUUUUUGCCUUUUCUUUGGAUUGAGGAAGCGGCUGUAUUAAAGCCCCUUGUCCACUAGAGGGCUCCUGGAGUUUGUGUAUUACUGCUAAAAGUUUCUUUUCAAGCAUUAAGUUUCUAAAAUAAUACAAAAACAUUUGAGGGAAAGUUAGAUUGAAUUUGCACAGGUUAUUUUAUAUAUUUAUAUUUAAAAAAAAACAACUUUUUAUUGCAUGAGAGUAUCUGAUUUGUAUGCGUCUCGUUUUGUUGGUGGCAUCAUUAAUAUUUGAAUGACGGACAUCCUUCAUGUUUGUUGAGGUUCUCUGAACAUUAGUGGAGAAUAACGGUUGCUUAACACUGGAACUUUACCUUAAAGCUAAAGAAAGAUGUGAGCACUGCAAGUGUUUUUGUCACACACCUCUGCACCGGUGUAUGUGAAAAGUUUGUGUUUGUGGUGUGAAUGUAUUUGCCAUGCUAUUUAAAAUGCUCCCCCCC